UCACAGAGGCGUAACAAGGUACAGACGACGUAUCAAAGGCGCAACCACUCUUAUUCCUCAACAGGAUUGCUGCAAUCAACGUUUCCGAUCAAAUUACCCCUAUUGAAAUUACGAUUAGCCCUUAAAAAAAAAAAACCUGCGCAAAUCUGCUGUCGGUCGCUCUAGAAAUCACUUGGCCCAGUCAAAUGUGAGAGAGCAGUAACUUGAAGUCGCAGGAACAGCUUUUGUAAGCCGCAGUGGAAAUGGCCUCAUCAAUCGACGAAGAAUCUUGGACACAUGUCACAAGCAAACGGAACCGUCGAGGCAAAAAAGGUCCAAACGUAAAUGACAGCAUCAAGUGCCAUGCGGCGGCAAGAACAGCCACGCAUCUCUCAGUCGAGGAGAUCAAAUCCGAUCACAAGAAGUUCUCCCAGCAAUGGACAGAAUCCGAUUGUUACCACAAACUCAAAGAGCUCAUCCCGUCAAAAUCUUAUCAGCCGUUUCCCACAAAAGCCAUCUGCCUUGGUCUUGGCUCGUUUGAUCCAGAAGAUGGCUCAUGGCAGAUACGGAGAAGAAGUCAUAUCCAGCUGGCCGCUUUCGUGACCCUGGUCGACUGUAUAUUGCCACCUGGUAAUCAGAAACUUCGUUGUAUAUUUCAGGAGCCAUGCUUUACGAGAGGUGAUGUGGAAUUCCUCGAAUCCUUGGGUUACGAGGUUGUCGAAUCGCCGAGGGGAUUUGAAGAAGUCUCCGAAGAUGCAAUAGUGGUUGGCAUCCAUCUUUACUCCGACAUCUACACCAAAGCGUUUAAAGGCGCCAUACCUGCCCUGUUUAUUGGGAGCGGAGUUGACGUAUGGGAAAGUCGUGGAUUUGCGUUCAAGGACGAUCCUCAAUGGGAAAAAAUGAGACUGCUACAUGAUAUCUCCGACAAGAUCCCAUUCCCAGAUGAUAAAGAAUUCUAUCCCAUUUUCUCCGACACCACAAUACAUUGGCGGAAGCCCAAGGACGACGAAUUGGACGAUUUGACAAGUGCUGUUGAUAGUCUAUCCAUGAGUCAAAACACUAUUUAAGUAAUCCAUUGUUCACAGGGAGCAUCUUGGGAUCGUUCGGCUUUUUAAAACAGUGGUGUAGCCAUUUCACGUUAGUCUUAUCGCUACAUAUCCUUAUAAGACCGGUAAAAAGAGCUCCAAUGAGCGGAACGCUGCGAUUGCUCUCCUCAUCACUAAAUUCAGUUCAGCUCUGGUACGC